AUGGAUGAAUUUUUAAAUAGGAUUAAUUACUAUAAUGUUCAACUUGAUAAAGAGCUUUCAAAGUAUCCUCAUAUGAGAAAAUUGGAACAAUAUACUAGUGUUCCGAAAACUUAUCUUGCCGUCGGUGUUGCCGCUUUCCUAUUUUUAAUGAUCUUUUUCAACAUUCUUGGUGAAUUACUUUCUGACAUUAUUGGUUGGCUUUAUCCAGCCUAUGUUUCGUUUAAAGCUAUAGAAAAUAAAAAUUAUGCAAACGAUGCUCAAUUGUUAACUUACUGGUAA